AUGGAAGCAGCAAACAAAGCCAAGGUAGCAGAGAUUGAUGCCGAGUCUAAGAUCAUAUCUACUAAGAGACUAGUAGAAGGAACCAAAGAAGAGAUCGAGGUCAAGACUAUUCAAGUCUUUAAGAAUCAAAAGGAUGCUCUUGUUGCUGAAGCUAAAACCAAGCAAGAACCAAAUUGGGAGUUUUACAACAAGCACAAGCUGUUCUUUACGAGAUACAUAAGUAAGUGA